AUGCUCCAGACCCUCAUCGCACUUUCCCAGGUCUCCCAAUGUCUCCAUGCCACUGUUCAGCCACACAUCUACAAGUCCAUUUCCAUCGGUAAUCUUCAUCGAUUCGUUCGUACCCUCGUCGUUCGACCAGAUCUGGGCACGUUGGUCCACAGGGCAGAGAUAGAGUGGGACCAUUGGGGUCAGCCCACAGUCGAUCCAGAGGAAGUCGACUCCAUCCAACGAGCUGGGGAAGAGAUGGGUGUAGACCCUCUCGCCAUCGCUGGGUCGUGCCAUGCAUACUUUGCGUUGAUGCUCCAUUUGGUCCCCAACUUGAGGGUCCUAUGCGUUCGCAUCCCAGAAUCCCCUUAUGUCUGGCAUGGGCCAGGAGAUCUGACCAAAUGGGUCGGCCAAAGGAUCCCUGCAGGCCUUCGUUCUCUGAGGGAAAUCUCCCUCUUCUGGGAUGGGUUCAGGAUGGACGACAUCAUGCCUUUCGUUCGUCUCCCAAACCUCUCUACCAUCUCGCUGUGUGGGUUCAUCGUGGAGGACUGGCAUUGGAGGCGAAAUCAUAGGAAGCAGUUCUCGUUCAAAAACCUCACCCUUCGUGUCUAUGGCCAUCCUGAAAGGGAUGUUUAUGGGGAUGCAAGGGGUGUCGUUGACGUCGUCGGGAUGGCUCGGUCACUCGAGGAGUUUGUGUGGGAGGAUGAGGAGAUGGAAGAGGGAGCGCUCCGGAUGCUUGGAUGGCACUCCAAGACUUUGAAGAAGCUGCUGAUCUCCGUGCCAUGGCAGACACGGCUAUCAUCGACGAGCUGGGAACCUCUCCCCCUUUCGGACUUCACAUCCUUGAGAUCCCUUGGGAUCCCUUGUUCGUUCUUGCAGGAUUCUCAGGGUGGACAAGUCGACCUGUUCAGCGUUCUUCCAGGGAGCUUGGAAGCAUUGAGGCUGGACAUGGACGAUUGGAGUGGUGACGAGUCGGUUAGAGUCCUCAUGAACCACAAUUUGGAAAAGUGGAAGGAGCAGCGAUCUCUUUGCCUCCCAUUGCUGGAGGAUAUGGUCUGUGUGUUCGACUGGGUCGAUGCUGGAUCUGCAGGAAAACUGGAGGCAAUGGGUUUUCGAGUGGAGCUGAGGCCGAUGAGGACAAGUACAGCCCCCAGAGAGAGGCAUCCGAUGAUUCCUAGCUUCAUUGGGCUUCCAUCCUGA